UCCACUGUGGGGGGAAAGCUCCAGAUCGGUUUUCAAGUCUUUGAUCAAAAUAAUUGUUGUGAAAAAUUUUUUAUGUCAACAUUACAAUGGAAAAUUAUGUAAAUUGCUGUCAACUUGAACAAUAAGUUGAGCUUUGAUACGUACCCGUUUUCGACAUUAUAAUAAUUUAUCCUAGCUUAAUGUAUUUUUCGGUUCUCUUGUGGAUCAGUAUUUUUCAAAGUUGCAAAUGCACAUAAAUACGCUGGUAGGUAACUUAAUCGUACAUUUCUUUGAAGUAAAUUGCAACAUUCACAAUGGCAUUCCAAGGGAAAAUUUUAUUCAUCAUAGCUGUCGCGUUUUUCGUCCUAAAGGUUCGCUGCGAUGACUCUGAACACACUUCUUCUGGUCACAUGUUUCUCACAAGAGGAGUCAACGACGUGGAUGAAGCUCCUGAUCAAAUGGACGACUCAGACGACGAAGGAGAUAUCAGCCCUCCAUCAAGUGAUACUCUAAUGCCUACUCCUCCCAUUCAAGAAACCAUUUACGAAGACCUCCAUUCCCCCGAAGCGAUGCAACUUUUGACAGAAGAAUAUGUCGGACUCGUUGAGACUGAAAUCGCUGCAGAAACUGUUAAAGAAAUAAUGGCCCGGGUAAAAAAAAUUCUAACAGAUGAGAGAGCGAUACCAAACUUUAAACAAAUCAGAGGAGAGAUUUACAAAUUCAUGACCAAUAAGAAAACACCUCCGAUGAUUGAAGGAUAUCUCAAAAAUCGUUACAAUUAUUACGUGAACAAGAAGACGCCUGCUUUAAUUAAGCAGAAAUUCAAUAACGUUAAAACAAUCAUUGAUAAUGAAAAUAUUCCCAAGCAUAUUGAAUUCUUCAAAAAGGAGAUGCACACUUUUCUCAACCAACCUGGAGAUGUGCGGAAGAGAAUCGCAAAUGGGUUCGCUCUUCUCUCCACAGUAUUGAAUUUACCUCAUGUUUCAUUCCUGUUGAGUUAAGUAGAAGUGUUACAGAAUGUAGAAUUAGUUUUAAAAUCAAUUAACCAUUCAAGAUUUAGAGUUAUUGUACGAUUGUUCUAACUAAAUGAAUAAAUAUACCUAAAUAAAUUUUACCGAUUGAAGCUA